CAUCUUGUCUUAAAGGUUACACCAAGUGGCGUGACAUCUGCUACAAGGCGUUCAACACACUCAAGACCUUCAGCGAUGCGGGCGCGGCCUGUCGUGCAGACGGCGGUACCCUCGCCAUGCCCCGAGACGCUGAUACCAACGCCUUCGUCAUCUCCCUGUACAACUCCGUGCACGACGAUCGAGCCUUCUGGAUCGGCCUACACGAUCAGCGCGAAGAGGGGCGGUUUGAGUGGGUGGACGGUUCUGCACGUGGGCCGUACAGCUCCUGGGGACAGGGACGACCGGACAGCGCUGGGGGCAACGAAGAUUGCGUCCUUUACUCCGCACUGCCAUCUCUGAAAGACAAGUGGAACGACGAAGAAUGCGACUAUACGUUUCGCUUCAUAUGCCAGGCUGCUCCAG